AUGGCACAGGCACUGCUGGUACCCCCAGGGCCCGAAAGCUUCCGCUUUUUCACUAGAGAAUCCCUUGCUGCUAUCGAAAAACGUGCUGCAGAAGAGAAAGCCAAGAAGCCCAAGAAAGAACAAGACAAUGAUGAUGAGAAUAAACCAAAGCCCAACAGUGACUUGGAAGCUGGGAAGAACCUCCCAUUUAUCUAUGGCGACAUCCCUCCAGAGAUGGUAUCAGAGCCACUGGAGGACCUGGAUCCGUACUAUAUCAGUAAGAAAACUUUUAUAGUAUUGAAUAAAGGAAAGGCAAUUUUCCGAUUCAGUGCCACCUCUGCCUUGUACAUUUUGACUCCGCUAAAUCCUGUUAGGAAAAUUGCUAUUAAGAUUUUGGUACAUUCUUUAUUCAGCAUGCUUAUAAUGUGCACUAUUCUGACCAACUGUGUAUUUAUGACCUUGAGUAAUCCUCCAGACUGGACGAAGAAUGUGGAGUAUACAUUCACUGGAAUCUAUACCUUUGAGUCACUUAUAAAAAUCUUGGCAAGAGGAUUUUGCUUAGAAGAUUUUACAUUCCUUCGUGAUCCAUGGAAUUGGUUGGAUUUCAGUGUCAUUGUGAUGGCAUAUGUGACAGAGUUUGUGGACCUGGGCAAUGUCUCAGCGUUGAGAACAUUCAGAGUUCUCCGAGCAUUGAAAACAAUUUCAGUCAUUCCAGGAUUAAAGACCAUCGUGGGCGCCCUGAUCCAGUCUGUGAAGAAGCUCUCAGACGUCAUGAUCCUGACCGUGUUCUGCCUGAGUGUGUUUGCGCUCAUUGGGCUGCAGCUGUUCAUGGGCAACCUGCGGAAUAAAUGUUUGCAAUGGCCCCCAAGCGAAUCUGCUUUUGAAACCAACACCACUUCCUACUUUAAUGGCACAAUGGAUUCAAAUGGGACAUUUGUCAAUGUAACAAUGAGCACAUUUAACUGGAAGGAUUACAUUGAAGAUGACAGUCAUUUUUAUGUUUUGGAUGGACAAAAAGACCCUUUACUCUGUGGAAAUGGCUCAGAUGCAGGCCAGUGUCCAGAAGGGUACGUCUGUGUAAAGGCUGGCCGAAACCCCAACUAUGGCUACACAAGCUUUGACACCUUUAGCUGGGCUUUCUUGUCUCUUUUUCGACUCAUGACUCAAGACUACUGGGAAAACCUUUACCAGCUGACAUUACGCGCUGCUGGAAAAACAUACAUGAUAUUUUUUGUCCUGGUGAUUUUCUUGGGCUCUUUUUAUUUGGUGAAUUUGAUCCUGGCUGUAGUAGCCAUGGCCUAUGAGGAACAGAAUCAGGCCACAUUGGAAGAGGCAGAACAGAAAGAGGCAGAAUUUCAGCAGAUGCUUGAACAGCUUAAAAAGCAACAGGAAGAAGCCCAGGCAGUUGCAGCAGCAUCAGCAGCUUCAAGAGAUUUCAGUGGAAUAGGUGGGCUAGGAGAGCUCUUAGAAAGUUCUUCAGAAGCUUCAAAGUUAAGCUCCAAAAGUGCUAAAGAGUGGAGAAACCGAAGGAAGAAAAGAAGACAGAGGGAACAUCUUGAGGUAAACAACAAAGGAGAGGAAGACAGGUUUCCCAAAUCUGAAUCUGAAGAUAGUGUCAAAAGAAGAAGCUUCCUUUUCUCCAUGGAUGGAAAUAGACUGACUAGUGACAAGAAAUUCUGCUCACCUCAUCAGUCUCUGUUAAGUAUCCGAGGCUCUCUGUUUUCCCCAAGACGCAAUAGCAAAACGAGCAUUUUCAGCUUCAGAGGUCGAGCUAAGGAUGUUGGCUCUGAAAAUGACUUUGCUGAUGAUGAGCACAGUACAUUUGAAGACAGCGAGAGCAGGAGAGACUCACUGUUUGUGCCACACAGACACGGAGAGCGACGCAACAGUAACGUUAGUCAGGCCAGUAUGUCAUCCAGGAUGGUGCCAGGGCUUCCAGCCAAUGGGAAGAUGCACAGCACUGUGGAUUGCAAUGGUGUGGUUUCCUUGGUGGGUGGACCUUCAGCUCUAACCUCACCUACUGGACAACUUCUGCCAGAGGGCACCACUACUGAAACAGAAAUCAGAAAGAGAAGGCUAAGUUCUUACCAGAUUUCAAUGGAAAUGCUAGAGGAUUCUUCUGGAAGACAAAGAGCAAUGAGCAUAACCAGCAUCUUGACCAACACAAUGGAGGAACUUGAAGAAUCCAGACAGAAAUGUCCACCAUGCUGGUAUAGAUUUGCCAAUGUGUUUUUGAUCUGGGACUGCUGUGAUGCAUGGUUAAAAGUGAAGCAUCUGGUGAACUUAAUUGUUAUGGAUCCAUUUGUUGAUCUUGCCAUUACUAUUUGCAUUGUCUUAAAUACUCUCUUUAUGGCCAUGGAGCACUAUCCAAUGACAGGUCAAUUCAGUAGUGUGUUGACUGUAGGCAACCUGGUCUUCACUGGGAUCUUCACAGCAGAAAUGGUUCUCAAGAUCAUUGCUAUGGAUCCAUAUUAUUAUUUCCAAGAAGGAUGGAAUAUCUUUGAUGGAAUUAUUGUCAGCCUCAGUUUGAUGGAGCUUGGCUUGGCAAAUGUAGAAGGAUUAUCUGUACUUCGGUCAUUCAGACUGCUUCGAGUUUUUAAGUUGGCAAAAUCAUGGCCUACUUUAAAUAUGCUAAUUAAGAUCAUCGGCAAUUCUGUGGGAGCUCUGGGUAACCUCACCUUGGUGUUGGCCAUCAUUGUCUUCAUUUUUGCCGUGGUCGGCAUGCAACUGUUUGGAAAGAGCUACAAAGAAUGUGUCUGCAAGAUCUCCAGUGACUGUGAACUCCCGCGCUGGCACAUGCACGACUUCUUCCACUCCUUCCUGAUUGUGUUCCGUGUGCUGUGUGGAGAGUGGAUAGAGACCAUGUGGGACUGCAUGGAGGUCGCUGGGCAAACCAUGUGCCUUACUGUCUUCAUGAUGGUCAUGGUGAUUGGAAACCUAGUGGUACUGAACCUCUUUCUGGCCUUAUUGUUGAGUUCAUUUAGCUCAGACAAUCUUGCUGCUACCGAUGAUGAUAAUGAAAUGAACAAUCUCCAAAUAGCAGUAGGAAGGAUGCAAAAGGGAAUUGAUUAUGUGAAAAGUAAGAUACGGGAAUGUUUCCGAACAACCUUUUUUAGAAAACCAAAAGUUAUAGAAAUUCAUGAAGGCAACAAAAUAGACAGCUGCAUAUCGAAUAAUACUGGAAUUGAAAUAAGCAAAGAGCUUAAUUAUCUUAAAGAUGGAAAUGGAACCACCAGUGGUGUAGGUACUGGGAGCAGUGUUGAAAAAUACGUAAUCGAUGAAAAUGAUUACAUGUCAUUCAUAAACAACCCCAGCCUCACUGUAACAGUGCCAAUUGCCGUUGGAGAGUCUGACUUUGAAAACUUAAAUACUGAAGAGUUCAGCAGUGAAUCAGAACUAGAAGAAAGCAAAGAGGUGACUUUCAUGAUAGUUAAAAGUAUCUUAUCACAGCUAUGGCAAUAUAAAGAAAGAUGUAUUAAAAAGUUUCCAUUCUGUCAAGUAAGUACAGAAGAAGGUAAAGGAAAGAUCUGGUGGAAUCUUCGAAAAACUUGUUACAGCAUUGUUGAACACAACUGGUUUGAAACUUUUAUUGUCUUCAUGAUCCUUCUCAGUAGUGGUGCUUUGGCUUUUGAAGAUAUAUACAUUGAACAGCGAAAGACUAUCAAAACGAUGCUAGAAUAUGCUGACAAGGUCUUCACUUACAUAUUCAUUCUGGAAAUGCUUCUCAAGUGGGUAGCUUAUGGAUUUCAAACAUAUUUCACUAAUGCCUGGUGUUGGUUAGAUUUCUUGAUCGUUGAUGUUUCUUUGGUUAGCUUGGUAGCUAACGCUCUCGGCUACUCAGAACUUGGUGCCAUCAAAUCCCUACGGACUCUGAGAGCUUUAAGACCUCUAAGAGCUUUAUCCCGGUUUGAAGGCAUGAGGGUGGUUGUGAAUGCUCUGGUAGGAGCGAUUCCCUCCAUCAUGAAUGUACUGUUGGUUUGUCUCAUCUUCUGGUUGAUCUUUAGCAUCAUGGGUGUGAAUCUGUUUGCUGGCAAGUUCUAUCACUGUGUUAACACAACAACCGGUAACAUGUUUGAAGUUAGUGAAGUCAACAAUUUCAGCGAUUGUCAGGCUCUUGGCAGGCAAGCUCGGUGGAAAAAUGUCAAAGUAAACUUUGAUAAUGUCGGUGCUGGCUACCUGGCAUUGCUUCAAGUGGCCACAUUUAAAGGUUGGAUGGAUAUUAUGUAUGCAGCUGUUGAUUCACGAGAUGUUAAACUUCAGCCUGUAUAUGAAGAAAAUCUGUAUAUGUAUUUAUACUUUGUCAUCUUUAUCAUCUUUGGGUCAUUCUUCACUCUGAAUCUAUUCAUUGGUGUCAUCAUAGAUAACUUCAACCAACAGAAAAAGAAGUUUGGAGGUCAAGACAUCUUUAUGACAGAGGAACAGAAAAAAUACUACAAUGCAAUGAAAAAACUUGGGUCCAAAAAACCCCAGAAACCUAUACCUCGGCCAGCAAACAAAUUCCAAGGCAUGGUCUUUGACUUUGUAACCAGACAAGUCUUUGAUAUCAGCAUCAUGAUCCUCAUCUGCCUGAACAUGGUCACCAUGAUGGUGGAGACUGAUGACCAGAGUAAAUAUAUGACUCUAGUUUUGUCCCGGAUCAACCUUGUGUUCAUUGUCCUGUUCACUGGAGAAUUUGUGCUCAAGCUAAUCUCCCUCAGAUACUACUACUUCACCAUAGGCUGGAACAUUUUUGAUUUUGUGGUGGUGAUUCUCUCCAUUGUAGGUAUGUUUCUAGCUGAGCUGAUAGAAAAGUAUUUUGUGUCUCCUACCUUGUUCCGAGUGAUCCGUCUCGCCAGGAUUGGCAGAAUCUUGCGUCUCAUCAAAGGGGCCAAGGGGAUUCGCACGCUGCUCUUUGCGCUGAUGAUGUCCCUGCCUGCGUUGUUUAACAUCGGCCUCCUGCUCUUCCUGGUCAUGUUCAUCUACGCCAUCUUUGGCAUGUCCAACUUUGCCUAUGUUAAAAAGGAAGCUGGAAUUGAUGACAUGUUCAACUUUGAAACAUUUGGCAACAGCAUGAUCUGUCUGUUCCAGAUAACCACAUCUGCUGGCUGGGAUGGGUUGCUGGCACCUAUUCUCAAUAGUGCGCCACCCGACUGUGACCCUGACGCAAUUCACCCUGGGAGCUCAGUAAAGGGAGACUGCGGGAACCCAUCUGUCGGGAUUUUCUUUUUUGUCAGUUACAUCAUCAUAUCGUUUCUGGUCGUGGUGAACAUGUACAUCGCUGUCAUCCUGGAGAACUUCAGUGUUGCUACUGAAGAAAGUGCAGAGCCCCUGAGUGAGGACGACUUUGAGAUGUUCUAUGAGGUUUGGGAGAAGUUUGACCCGGAUGCCACCCAGUUUAUAGAGUUCUCCAAGCUGUCUGAUUUUGCAGCUGCUCUGGAUCCUCCUCUUCUCAUAGCAAAACCAAACAAAGUCCAGCUCAUCGCCAUGGAUCUGCCCAUGGUCAGUGGAGACAGGAUCCACUGCCUGGACAUCUUAUUUGCCUUUACAAAGCGGGUUUUAGGAGAGAGUGGAGAGAUGGAUGCCCUCCGAAUACAGAUGGAAGACCGGUUCAUGGCCUCAAACCCCUCCAAAGUCUCCUAUGAGCCCAUUACCACCACUUUGAAACGCAAACAAGAGGAGGUAUCUGCUGCUAUCAUUCAGCGUAAUUUCAGAUGUUACCUUUUAAGGCAAAGGUUAAAAAAGGUAUCAUGUCAAUAUAACAAAGAGGCAAUUAAAGGGAGGAUUGACUUACCUAUAAAAGAAGACAUGAUUAUUGACAAAUUAAAUGGGAACUCCACCCCAGAAAAAACAGAUGGAAGUUCCUCUACCACCUCUCCUCCUUCCUAUGAUAGUGUAACAAAGCCAGACAAAGAAAAGUUUGAGAAAGACAAACCCGAAAAAGAAAGCAAAGGGAGAGAGGGCAGGGAAAAUCAAAAGUAAAUUAUCUUUGUGGUCAAUUGUUUACAGCCUAUGAAGGUAAAACUUAUGUGUCAACUGGACUCCCAGAGGAGGUCUAUGCCAAACUGACUGUUUUAACACAUAUUCAUGGUCAGUGCCUAUAACAAGACAGGGACCUCUCCGUCACUCCAUCUCUGUGAGUCAGGGUAUCCAUAUUGACAAGAGGUUACUGUUUUUACUACCAGCUGACACUGCUGAGGAGAAACUCAAUGGCUACCUAGACUGUAGGGAUAGUUGUGCAAAGUGAUCAUUGUAACUACACCAAACACCUUUAGUACAGUACUUUGCAUCCACUCUAUUUUUAACUUCCAUAUUUACCAUAUUUUUACAAGAUUUGUUCUAGUAGAUAUUCCUAGCACCCAAUUCAUAGUUUAUUCAUAAUACUAUGUCACUAUUUUUGUAAAUGAGGUUUAAGUUGAAAAAAAAAAAGUAUAUAAGCCCUGUAUUCCUACUCCACAAGUCUCUCAAGUAAUCAGACUAAAGCAUUUUCCCUGAGAGAUGAAAUUCUUACUUAAAACCAGAAAAAAAAAAUUACAAUGUCAACAAUUUCAGGUACUUCCAUUUUCUAGAUGGCUUUAAUUUUGAAAGUGUUUUAGUCUGUUAUAUUUGUUUAUAUCUAA